AUGCAGAUCGUCUGGUGGCUGUACCUCUCCGGGCUGGUGUUUGCCAUCCUGAUCCCGGCAGGGCAGCAGAUGGGCGCCAAGGACUUGGAUGAGACGUCCAGAUGGCAGUCGUACGAAUCCCAAAGCACCCGAAGCUUCGCGUCCAACAUCAAGCGACACUCGGAAGGCACCUUCACCAGCGACUUCACCCGCUACCUGGACAAGAUGAAGGCCAAGGACUUUGUGCACUGGCUCAUCAACACCAAGCGGUACAGCCCCACGAAGAGGUACCCGAAGGAGGAGCCCCGCAGCAUCCCCUUCCUGGCCGCAGUCCCGCUGCUCGC